AUGAUGAUGUUCUUCUUCUUGUUUGGUCUUUCUCUGGCUGAUGUUGCUCCUUCGGACGGACAGGAGAUGAAGCUACUGCGUGGCGACUGCCCCAUGUUCUGGUACAGCUUUGAUGGCCGCUGCUACAAAUACGUGGCCACACUGAUGACCUGGGGUGAUGCAGAGCAGCACUGCCUGUCUCAAGGAGCAAACCUGGUGUCCGUCCACAGUCUGGAAGAAGAGAACUUUGUAAAAAUGCUGAUCAGCAACUUUGAUCCCGCUCAGGGAUUAAACUGGAUCGGACUUUCUGACGCUCAGAAGGACGGGGCAUUCUUCUGGUCUGACGGAUCAAAACUCUCCUUAACCAACUGGAAUGCAAGAGAGCCAAAUAAUAAUGGAGGAUCUGAAUCAUGUGUUCACACCAACUGGGGCCCAGCCAGGAAAUGGAACGAUGUACCAUGCAAUAAGAAAUAUACCUUUGUUUGUAAAGCACGCCCAGCUUGUUAAUAGGUGCCCAGAAUGUGAUUCUGGAUCCACUCAGUGGUUUUAAAUGUGUUGAUUAGAAAAGAUCAAACCGAACGUGAGGGUUUAAACAGGCUAAGUGUAUCUGUUAUUUGUUUUUCUACACAAGUUGGAUUUUUGUUUAGCAUUUAUAAACUCCCCUUUGUUUGUACAGCUCGCAGUUUGCUAAGAUUAUUAUUCUUUAACAUAUUGAUCAGAAAAUAUCUUCAAGUGCAUCUUUUUGUACAAGAUUUGUUUUAGAUAAGGUUUGUAAGUUGUUUUUCUUUUUGAGAAAAUGAAAACAUUACAGCUUUGAAAAACUGAAUUAAGUUUAGAUUUUAACCAACACAAUGUGUAGAAAGACUAAUACCAAAUUUGUGUGAGGAACCUUGCUGAUGUACAUAAAACAUAACCUAGAAAAUAUAAGCAGGAAGAAAAUAUUCAAGAGCACAUAACUACUUGUUUUGGUUGAGUGCAAAACAUGACAAUGUAACACAUUAUAAAACUACCAAAAAUACAUUAGCGGUCUGAUACACUUUUAAGGCUCAAUUUGUGACAGUGAGCACCUUGGUGAUUGAAUUCAUGAAAUAGAUAUGUUUAUUUCCUGUGUAUUAAAAAGAUUUAAGGCAAA